AUGAAAAUCAAAGUUCAUAUAAAGGAACAAGUAUAUGAAGUCAACUGUGGCUCAGGUAUACAAGAUCUGGCAUGGCUCGCCUUAAGUGCUGCAUUUCUGUAUGGAAAAGAAGCCUAUCCUAAAGGCCAAUACAUUCCUACUUAUCUCUGCAAUGUGGAUGGAGCAGCUCAUCAUCCUCGAUGGCGCAUCAAUAUUGCCCUACAUGACGGGGAUGAAGUCUUUGUAACCCUCAGAGACCUGACGCAGCCUCCAAAUCCUAAGUACAUAGAAUGAUAUGACCAAGCCUUUGGCAGUCAAAGGAACAUUAUGAGCUGCAAGUUUCUUUUCAGGCCAACUAAAACUGAUUUCACCAUUUCCAAUAGGCAGCAUUCAAUUGUCCUUGUGAAAUUCACUUAUACCAUCUUCAAAGAACUGGAAAAAGAGUUCAGCGAAGAGGUACAAGGAAAUAGAGAAGUUGAGCUUUACCCAGUAGAUUUGGCAAGAAAAGAGUUCAGAGGAGAACUUAACUUGCCCUUUGGGGAGGUGAAAAUCAUGAAGGUUUGUGAGGUUUCGCCACAAAGGGAAAAUGAAAAUUCUGAGCCUAGAGAGCUGGGGAAUGAUGAAAAAAUAAAUGUGUCGAUUGGGCUGUUUCCUGACCCAUGGAGCAAGAAAAAGCAUAAAGAAGCUAUGAUACAAGAAGAGCAGGAGCAGAGAAAGAAAGAAGAAGAAGCCUUAAAAAAAGCCCAGGAGCAGCUGCAACAAGAAGAAACGCAGCCAAACAUCCCAGUGAAGACUUUAUAUGACGUAUGGCCAGAUGCCCCUGCAUCUCUUGCAGCUCAUUUUCCUCUGCUAUACGACGUGUUUACCUUGUAUACUUAUUUUCACCUGCCUGACGAAGAGAUGAUUUCAGCCCACGAUUUUUUCCACAUUCUGAGGACUUUUGAUUUAAUAACUGACUCUGACGAAAUAGUCCAAACUGUCAUAGAAUUCGGGGAUGACUUGGAUAAUGCCAUGACUGAUGUUUUAGCCCCUACUAUUAGUCUCCAAAUGUUUUUAUUGCUUUUGGUUCGGUUUUCUGAAUUCAAACACCCAGAAGAUACAGGCUAUAUAACUGUAAUUGAGACUAUUGCUAAAAGUAAAGCUGUCUGGCUGCAAGACUAUGUGAAAUCAGAGCUCCUUAAACCAGAAAUUUUUGAGCUUUUCAUGGAAAAUGCUGAUUUUCUUGUAACUAAGUAUAUGGUAAAAGCGACACCUUCACAGGGAAUUAGAAUUGAGCUGAAAGUGCAGGACUUUAUAAACUUGAUUAUGGAGUCUGAGCAGCUAGCAGAAGUCAUUACAAAAGACAAUCUUCAGCAGCUGUGUGAGGACACCUUAUUUUUUUCAAGUGCUAAGGACUCACAAAUGUUAUUCCCUGAUUUUCUUGAGACUCUUGUAAGGCUUGCACAGACUGUUCCUUUUAAUGAAGAAGAAAUCGAGCAAGCUUUGGCAAAUCAACCAGAAACGGUAGUUCUUGCUGAAAAAUUGCAUUCAGUAAUCAGAAUUUUGUGUGGUCCUGGAACAAGAACUCCUUCUAUAAGUAGCAGAGGUAACAGCAGAGGAAAACAACAGCAAAAUGCCGCUGAAAAACUCUAA